ACGACUCAAAAACACCAUCAAAUCAACAGCUGACAAAGCAAAACAAACCUACUUCACAGCCAGUUAGCAUAUUAAAUUUCCUUCCACCAAUUUGAAUUUAGUCAAUUCAAUUACUUAAUUUUCACGAGCUGAAUCUCACUAAAAAAAUACGUGUACAUAUGUACAAUUUAACCGAAAUGCAAAAACUUUUAACUUAUUGAACUUGUUAAAAGAUAUAAAAUGCCGAAAUAUGACAGUUUCUCGAAAAAUGGGAGGCACAUCUUGCAAGAUUUACUCUUCUCCAGGGUCCGUCUCCACAGGUCAAAUUUUAAUCCCUCAGCGCAAUACGAUCAAAAGUUCCCAGUGAAAAUUGAGGGAGAUAAUUCAUCCCCAGAAUUAAGGUUGUGCUGUUCGAUCUGCUCCGAAUCGAUAAAUCUGCGUCCCCUCGCCCUCCAAGAGAUGGAAAUUCUUGCCAAAUUCGUCCUAAGCCAGGAGCAAAUUUCUCUCAUUUUACGUACUGAAGAUCAUCCUCCAAUAUUUUGUUGCAAAAUUUGCUCCUCCGUGAUCCUCUCCUUGGCCGAGUUGUCCACGCAGAUUGAAAAUAUUACGAUUUCUCUCCGCGCCGUGAUUUCCAGCAGGAACGGACUGUUUCAUAAACUAAAAAAUUCAGAAUCCAAAAUCGAAAUAGCUGCUAAAAGUGAAUGUCACAAGGUUUCUAACCAUGAUGAUCAGCAAUUAACUAAAUGCCUUGAAGAGGAGGAAAAAUUCUCGAUAAAACCGCACCCAACUUAUGACCAUGACAACGACGGACUAUUCGAUAACCUGCGAAUUGGGUGCAAACUUAGUGAAACCGACGGCGGCUGUCAUGCUGACACAGAUGACGACCAACAAUUAACCGGAUUCAUUGAGGUGGAAGAAGAAUUCUGCGUAAAAGUCGAGCCUGUCGUCGACGAUAAGACCGACGAUAUCACGCCCGAUGCUCCAAACGAACCCGAAACGUCGACAACAAGUGACUCCGACGACGAUGACUCCGACGAGUUAGAUACAACUACAGAUAAAGAGCGUUGUAAACCAUGUAAAAUUAAUUUUAAUCAUAAAAGAAAAUGGCUACGUGAGCACUUUAAACUUGUGCAUGAUAAGAUAGUCGUAGACAUCGACAGGAAACUAUUCUGCCUCAGGUGCAAAAAAGGCUACACAUCCAUCAACGGCUUCAACAAGCAUUAUAAAACUUGCCGAGGUAAAAGGGACCCAGCCAAUACGUAUAAGAAGAUUGUGAUUAUUAGUCAUGUGCACAAACUCAGCGAAGCUUUUAAAGUGCAAAUUGUGAACCUUUUACAACAAGGUAUCCAAAUUCAGGAAUAAUUUAAUACAUACUUCAUAUGCAAAUAAAUAUGCUUUUUAUAUUUUGUAUUUA